UGAAAUUGUAAAAGCGUCUCUCUAAUAAAAAACUUCCAACAUGGAAGAGCUAGAACAGUUGGAACAUUUAUCUCUGGUGUCCAAAAUCUGCACGGAAUUGGAGAACCAUCUCGGGUUGAAUGAUAAGGAUUUAGCUGAAUUCAUCAUCGAUUUGGCCCGGAAGAACCCAACCCUCGACGCAUUCAAACGGGUACUGCUGGAAAAUGGUGCCGAAUUCUCCGAAUCUUUCACAGCCAACUUGCUGCGCAUCAUCCAACUCAUGCGCUCGGCCAGCGGCAAGGUCCCCGGAACCGGUUUCGAGGACGAUGAUGACAAUGGGAAAGUGCUGGCGAAUAAAUUCCCUGGUCUCGCGAUACCGAACAACCGGAAAGCGUACUCUUCGGAUGAGGAGGAAGAGAAAAAGGAAGACAAAAAACGGCGUCCUGAUGCUGCGGUUGAUGAUAUGUUGGCAGAGCUAGAGCAAAUGGCGCCCUCGAAAGCCGGCAACAGUAAGGUGUCCCGGGAGCAGCAGGAAGUGAACAAUAUGUUGGCUGAGCUCGAAAGCUUAGCUCCCUCCAAGGAAACGGAUGGUGGCACGAAGGAAAGCAAACGGCGUACCGAACGACGCAGUUCUUCCAAGGAGCGGCACAGGAAAGAGCGAAGCCGGUCACGGGAGCGGCGUCGAGAUCGGAGUCGAUCGCGUGACCGACGAAGACGAAGAUCACGCUCGAGGGACCACAAACGACGAAGUCGUUCGAAGAGCCGGGACAGGGGUCGCGAUCGCAGUAACCGUGAUCGUCGGGAUCGUGAUUAUGAUCGCCGCUCGCGCCGCAGUCGUUCGGGAAGUCGUUCAAAGGAUCGUGGUCACGCUCGAAACAGAAGUGCUUCCCGAGAACCAGCACCGGCGAUGGUCGAACGCCGCAAACGCACGCCGCCAAUGCCGGAGGAACCCGAAGCGGGCAAAAUCUAUGAAGGACGCGUCGUAAAUAUCGUGGCGUUCGGGUGCUUUGUGCAGCUGGUUGGUUUUCGUCGCAAAAAGGAAGGCCUCGUGCACAUCUCCCAGCUGUCUACGGAGGGGCGCGUGAAUCUUGUGACCGAUGUCGUCAAUCGCGGAGACGACGUGAAGGUGAAGGUAAUGUCGCUGGCAGGCAAUAAGAUCUCCCUCAGUAUGAAGGAGGUAGACCAAGCAACGGGCCGCGAUUUGAAUCCUCUGUCGCAUGCCCAUCUUCAAGAGGCGGCCGACUUGCAGAGUCGCAAUCCGGAUCGGCCAAUGUCCGUGCCGUCUAUGCUUAGCCUGCAGGAGGGAGCACUGGAGCCGCUGGAGGAAACAUCUCGCAAGAAGGUAACACGCAUCAGUAGCCCCGAACGGUGGGAAAUUAAACAGAUGAUCUCGUCCGGUGUGAUCGAUCGCUCCGAGAUGCCCGACUUUGAUGAGGAAACGGGGCUGCUGCCGAAAGACGAGGACAGUGAGGCGGACAUUGAGAUCGAAAUCGUCGAAGAUGAACCACCGUUCCUGCAGGGGCACGGUCGGGCUUUGCAUGAUCUGUCCCCGGUGCGCAUUGUUAAGAAUCCGGAUGGUUCACUGGCCCAAGCUGCCAUGAUGCAAACGGCACUCGCCAAGGAACGGCGAGAGCAAAAAAUGCUACAGCGUGAACAAGAGAUGGACGCGGUGCCUACGACGAUGAACAAAAACUGGAUCGAUCCGCUCCCGGAUGAGGACGAUGAGCGUACGAUGGCUUCGAACACGCGUGGCGUUGGUAUGUCCACGCAGGACGUGCCCGAAUGGAAAAAGGCCAUCAUCGGCGGUAAGAAAAGUUCGUUCGGACGCAAAACGGAUAUGAGCCUCGUGGAGCAACGCCAAUCGCUACCCAUCUACAAACUUCGCGACGAUCUGAUCAAGGCCGUAACGGACAAUCAAAUGCUGAUCGUGAUCGGUGAGACGGGUUCCGGGAAAACGACACAAAUUACCCAAUACCUGGCCGAAAGCGGAUUUAUUGCGCGCGGAAAAAUUGGCUGUACGCAACCGAGACGUGUGGCGGCCAUGUCGGUCGCUAAGCGUGUGGCCGAAGAGUACGGUUGUCGGUUGGGACAAGAGGUCGGCUACACGAUCCGAUUCGAGGAUUGCACCAGCCAGGAAACGGUGAUCAAGUACAUGACGGACGGUAUGCUGUUGCGCGAGUGUUUGGUCGAUUUCGAUCUCAAGCAGUACUCCGUGAUCAUGUUGGACGAAGCGCACGAACGGACCAUCCACACGGACGUGUUAUUUGGGUUGCUCAAGCAAGCCGUCCAGAAGCGCCCCGAGCUGAAGCUGAUCGUAACGUCGGCCACACUUGAUGCGGUUAAAUUUUCGCAGUACUUCUUCGAAGCCCCGAUCUUCACCAUUCCGGGUCGAACGUUCCCGGUGGAGAUACUGUACACGAAGGAACCGGAAACGGACUAUCUGGACGCUUCCCUCAUCACCGUAAUGCAGAUUCACUUGCGCGAACCACCCGGCGACGUGCUGCUCUUUCUCACUGGCCAAGAGGAGAUCGAUACGGCGUGCGAGAUACUUUACGAGCGUAUGAAAUCACUCGGACCGGACGUUCCGGAAUUGAUCAUUUUGCCCGUCUAUUCGGCGCUUCCCUCCGAGAUGCAGACGCGAAUCUUUGACCCGGCGCCGCCCGGCAGUCGGAAGGUUGUGAUCGCAACCAACAUCGCCGAAACAUCACUCACGAUCGAUGGUAUUUACUACGUCGUCGAUCCCGGUUUUGUGAAGCAAAAGGUGUACAACUCAAAGACCGGCAUGGAUUCGCUCGUCGUGACACCGAUUUCACAAGCGGCCGCCAAACAGCGUGCGGGACGUGCUGGGCGUACGGGCCCGGGAAAAGCCUACCGUUUGUACACCGAGCGUGCAUACCGUGACGAAAUGUUGCCAACGCCCGUGCCCGAGAUACAGCGUACCAAUCUGGCCACCACCGUGCUGCAGUUGAAAACGAUGGGCAUUAACGAUUUGCUUCACUUUGAUUUCAUGGACGCUCCGCCCGUUGAGUCCCUGGUGAUGGCACUGGAGCAGCUCCACUCGCUGUCGGCGCUGGAUAAUGAAGGAUUGCUCACACGCCUUGGCCGGCGGAUGGCCGAAUUUCCGCUCGAGCCGAACCUCUCCAAGUUACUCAUCAUGUCCGUGGCUCUACAGUGCUCGGACGAGGUGCUGACGAUCGUGUCGAUGCUGUCGGUGCAGAACGUGUUCUACCGACCAAAGGACAAGCAAGCGCUGGCCGAUCAAAAGAAGGCCAAAUUUAAUCAGAUCGAGGGUGACCAUCUGACGCUGCUGGCGGUGUACAAUAGUUGGAAGAAUAACAAGUUUUCUAAUGCUUGGUGCUAUGAAAACUUUGUGCAAAUCCGCACACUGAAACGGGCCCAGGAUGUACGCAAACAGUUGCUUGGCAUCAUGGACCGACACAAGCUGGAUGUGGUGUCGGCCGGAAAGAACACGGUGCGCGUGCAGAAGGCAGUCUGUUCCGGAUUCUUCCGCAAUGCAGCGAAAAAGGAUCCACAGGAGGGCUACCGUACGUUGGUGGAUUCGCAGGUCGUUUACAUUCACCCAUCGAGCGCGUUGUUCAAUCGACAACCGGAAUGGGUGGUUUACCACGAACUCGUCCAAACGACAAAGGAAUACAUGCGCGAGGUAACGACCAUCGAUCCGAAGUGGCUGGUCGAGUUUGCACCCGCCUUCUUCCGGUUCUCCGAUCCCACGAAACUAAGCAAGUUCAAGAAGAACCAACGGCUGGAACCCCUGUACAACAAGUAUGAGGAACCGCACGCUUGGCGUAUCAGUCGAACGCGAAGAAGACGCAACUAAGCUCCUCCAACUCUGGAAAGAGCUAUUCCUUUUCCUGAGAUUGUAGACUAUUUUACGGGCAAAACAAAAGAACUACAAAUACA